AUGUCCGCAAAUACUGAAAUCAACGAGCGUCGUUAUCGACCUAUCUACGAGGCCCUCGACGCGGCCAAUUAUAAAGCCGCUCUCCAGCGGUGUAGCAAACUCCUUAAAAAGCAGCCGGACUUAUUAGUUGUCAAGGCUUUGAAAGCCUUAGCAUUAGAAAAGACUGGGAAGACAGACGAGGCAAUUGAAUUAUGCGCUCAAAUCAAGGCACUGAAACCGGUUGACGAAGCUGUCCUACAAGCUCUUUCAUUGGUGUACCGAUCAGCUGACAAACAACAAGCUGUUGUAGAACUCUACCAGACUGCGUUAAAACAAAAACCGAACAGCGAAGAAUUCGGAUAUCACUGGUUUAUAGCUUUAGUUAGAAUACACGACUACAGAGGGCAGCAACAGGCGGCCUUAAAACUCUAUAAGACGUUUAAAUCAAACAGAUACUACUUUUGGGCAGUUACAAGUAUUCUACUGCAGGCAGAUGAAGCCGACGCUCAGCAGAAAGAUCUCUUACUGUCAUUGUCAGAGCGCAUGAUUGCAAAGGCUAUUGAAGAGAAAAGAUUGUCUACUUCUGAAGAAUUUUACUUGUAUUUGGUCAGCCUCAUAAGACAAAACAAGACAAAGGAAGCUCUCGAAAUUCUUGAAGGAGAGCUUGGUCAAAAAUUCCAAAAUGACAUCGAGAUUAAAUCGAUCAAAAACACAGUAUUGAAAAAGGAAAAGGCCUGGGAAAAGCUUCUACUUAUAUCGGAGGAGGCUGUGAGUACUGUAAAUAAUGACGAUUGGUUAAGCUACCUGACGUACAUUGAAGCCGUUCUCGAAAUUUCAUCAAUUGAAACUGAUGAUAAUGCCACCAGCAGUAGGAUAGAAAAGGCACGCGAAUUCAUCUCUAAAAUCCAGGAGAAGGAGCUUUCACGCCUGGAGAACGAACCGGCACGAAAAUAUUUGCAUCGCGGACCUUUUCUUGCAGAACUCCGACUGGAGAAGCAGAUUGCGUCGAUCGAAAGAUAUAAUUCGAAAGAUUUGUCACCAUUGAUUUUGAAAUACUUUUCAAAGUUUUCCUCAAAAGCUUGCUGCUUUGAAGACUUGCAGCCUUAUUUAGACGGACUUGGUACGGAAGCUGCUGAGAAACUUGUCAAUGAGUUUAAAAGCUGUAUUGACGAAAGUAGUCAAGAAACCAAGGACAAGAUUAACAAUGUCCAGCGAUGGGUAAACAUUUAUAAACUCGAACGAUAUUUAGGAUUACUCUCAGCUUUAGAUGAAAAGCAGUUGAUAUCAUACGCUAAUGCGUUAUGGAAAGCAUACUGUGACUCGUUGCCAUUGGGUACAAACCUGAAAGAGACAGAAUUGCAUUACGGAGAUGAUUUUGCAGUUCUUGCUACUCAUGUUUUACUUGACUUGCACAAAAAGAGUGGAUCAAAUAUUUACCUUUUCCAAGCAGUAAUGAUUCUUGAAACAGCUUUGGAAAAUAGUCCUUCCAACUUUCAAUUUAGCCUACUGCUGACACGCAUAUAUUUGAUGCUGGGAAUAUGCUUUAGACCAAUACAGCUAUUUAAAUCAUUGGAGGUGAAGCACGUACAAUGGGACACGCUUAGUCACUUUGUCCUCAAUCGGGCUACCUCAUUAGGCUUUUAUGAUGAUGCGCAGUCAAUCUUAUGCGAUGCGCUGCAUAUUUAUCAAAGUAAUACAGAUGAGACUCCAGACAUGAUCGUAUUCGCAUACAAAAAUGGGACAUAUUCAAAGGUGGAAGAGUUUAUAGAGUUUGAGAAAAGAUUGAUGAAAUCCAUUCAACAUGCCAUUAUCGAUCGUGAGCUAAUGCGAAUUGAGCUGUUUGACGUGUCCAAUUCUAUUGCACAAGUCAACGGCUAUCUGAAUGAGUUUGAAGACGAGGAUAACUUGGUUCCUGAACUUGUAGAUAAAGAACCAGUUGGUGAAUUUUCAGAGUCAGAAUUUUUAGCGGAAUACCAAAUGCUUCGAACUAUACUAAUGGUACGUUACUCAAUUUUUGACACCGCCGCAGAUGACAGCAUCAAUGACAAAUAUGACAAUAGAGAUUUUGAUGUCAUGUCGAAUUUCAACCCCAAAGGCACCCCCUCAGUUGAAGAGAGUACCCGUUUCGCUCCUAAGCUUGAUGUGACGUGGCUAAGAACUUUUGAGAUCAUCCCACGACUACUGAAAUGUAUUUGUCUUGGAGCUUCAGUCGAUAAAGUUCGGAGACAUAUCGAAAUGCUUGUGGCAUGCUGUAAGGAGGCGAGCUUAACUAAGGAAGAAAUUUCUAUUGCGACAAUCCUUGCAAAAUUGGGAGAAAUAUACUGCUUAUUGAAGGAUGAGGAAGCUGGAACUGAAGACGUUAAGAAGAAUUUAAAUGAUUGUAUCUCUAAACUAAUACAGCAUUUAGAAGAUGCUGUGCCUACCGGAAUGCUUGAUGAUGCGAUAGAAAGUUUGUCAUGGAGGCAUAUCUCACAAGCGUCUUGUUUCGCAGAGGUAGUGAAUUACUUGGUGAUCACGUUGUCAAGCUUUAAAGCUUUGACACAAUCUGGGGGCAAAAAGUCUAAACUUCGACAACUGCAUCCGGUCAUCCAAUCACUUAUUGAAUCCGUAAAAUCGAAAUUUUUCGAGCGUCAGGAUCUGUUCGAUGCUUUCGAAAAACGAUUGAUUCCAGAAGAUAUGAUUGAGAAGAUUUAUCCUCUUCUUUUGUCUCAAGACAGUAUCGAAUUUUGUCGGCUCCAGUCGAACUCCGAGUUUGUGAAAGAUAAGCUGACGGCGGUGGUAGUGAGUUGGGGAGUGAGUGUACUCAAUAUUAAGAAAAUGAUAGAAAAAACGUGCGCACGCUUCUAA